AUGCCGUCUUUGCGAAGGAAUGGUAGCUUGGAAAGGGUACAUGAUAGCGAGAAAAAGAGUAAUACUAUGGUAUACCUGAAUGUGUAUGAUCUUACGCCUGCCAAUAAUUAUCUUUACAUGUUUGGUGUCGGGGUCUUUCAUUCCGGUGUAGAAGUGCAUGGCAUGGAAUAUGGCUUUGGAGCUCACGAGUACUCGACAAGUGGAGUAUUUGAGGUGGAACCUAAAAGUUGUCCGGGCUUUAUCUUCAGACGUUCAGUAUUGUUAGGCAGCACUGAUAUGUCGUAUUCACAAUUCCGUUCUUUCAUCGAGCGCUUAUCCACGAAAUAUCAUGGAGACACAUACCAUCUGAUUGCUAAGAAUUGCAACCAUUUUACAGAUGAAGUCUGCCAAGAGUUAACUGGAAAGCCUAUCCCUGCAUGGGUAAAUCGGUUGGCCCGUGUUGGUUCUUUUUGCAAUUGUCUUCUGCCAGAAAGCCUUCAGGUCGAGGCUGUCAGACAUCAACCUGAUCUUAUUGCACAUUCUGAUGAAGAGGAAACAGAAUCUGAAGAGCAUUCUGCGUCAGAUGAUAGUGAAGAGGAAGAUUCCAAUCAGCAUUUGCUAGACCCACAUAGUGGUGUUGUCUCAUUUAUAAAGGAAAGACCAGAUGCUGAAUGA